AUCAUUGCACUCACACACCCAUCUCUGCACUCUUUCAGCGUGCAUAUUGCUGUAGAAAACUUACAAGAACAAAAAUGGCCAGAAGAGUGGAUGUCAUGGUCUCCCCCAAAAAGCUGCUCAUUGAGAUUUUGGGUGUACUACUUUUGGCUCAGGGUGUUGCAGCAGUGACCAGGCAUUACUCAUUCAAUGUGAGGCAGAAAAAUGUUACUCGACUCUGCAAGACAAAACCAUUGAUUACAGUGAAUGGCAAAUCUCCAGGACCUACAAUUGUUACUCGUGAAGGAGAUCGUCUUGUGAUUAAAGUUCAUAAUCAUGUGAAAGACAACGUCUCAAUUCACUGGCAUGGAGUUAGGCAGAUGAGAUCUGGGUGGGCUGAUGGACCUGCUUAUAUAACCCAAUGCCCAAUCCAAACAGGAAUGACUUAUGUUUACAACUUCACGGUGACUGGACAGAGAGGAACUCUAUGGUGGCAUGCUCAUAUAUCUUGGAUAAGAGCCAGUGUACAUGGAGCCUUUAUCAUCUAUCCCAAAUUACAUGUUCCAUACCCAUUUCCAAAGCCACACAAGGAAGCGACUAUAAUUCUUGGGGAAUGGUGGAAUACAGAUACUGAGAAAGUGAUCGCUCAGGCUCUUCAAAAUGGAGGAGGACCCAACGUCUCAAAUUGCUACACUCUUAAUGGACAUCCUGGGCCUCUUUACAACUGCUCGGCUAAUGAUACAUACAUUCUGAAGGUAAUUCCAGGGAAGACCUACCUUCUCCGUAUCAUUAACGCUGCUCUCAAUGAUGAAAUGUUCUUCAGUAUUGCAAACCACUCAGUGACAGUUGUAGAAGUGGAUGCAGUAUACACAAAACCCUUCAAAACAGACAUCUUUCUCAUCACACCAGGCCAAACAACUAAUGUGUUACUCACAGCCCACCCAAACACAUCCCUCCAUCAUCACAAAAACUUCGCCAUUGCAGCUCGGCCUUACGCAACAGGCCAGGGAACAUUUGACAACACCACCAUAGCGGGCAUUGUCACAUAUUCCAAAAAGACGCACUUCAACUUCACCCACUUCAAAAAUUCCUCCCUGCCAAAACUCCCAGCCUUUAACGACACAAACUUUGCCACAAACUACACCCUGAAGCUAAAAAGCCUGGCAAACGCACAGUAUCCUGCAGCAGUGCCCAAGACUGUAGACAGAAAAUUCUUUUUCACAGUGAGUCUAGGCCAAAACCCUUGCCCAAAAGGCUUUAAAUGCGGAGCCCCCAACAAUACCAAAUUCACAGCCUCCAUCAACAACAUAUCUUUUGUCAUGCCCACUGUUGCUCUUCUGCAAUCACAUUACUCUGGCAAGAUGAAGGGGAUUUACAAGACCAAUUUUCCUGACAAUCCUCCCUUUGUUUUUAACUACACUGGGACUCCUCCCAACAAUACUUCUCCCAUGAAUGGGACAAGGGCAAAGGUUCUCAAGUUCAAUACCACUGUGCAGCUGAUAUUGCAGGACACAAGCAUUGCUGGGAUUGAGAGCCAUCCUCUGCAUCUUCAUGGCUUCAAUUUCUUCGUUGUGGGUCAGGGAUUUGGAAACUAUAAUAAGACCAAGGACUCACCCAAAUUUAAUCUGGUUGAUCCGAUCGAAAGGAAUACUGUAGGUGUGCCUAAUGGAGGAUGGGUGGCUUUGAGAUUCAGGGCUGAUAAUCCAGGUGUAUGGUUCAUGCAUUGCCAUUUGGAGGUCCACACCUCAUGGGGGUUGAAGAUGGCUUGGAUUGUUAAGAAUGGGAAGGGGCCAUUACAAUCUCUUCCUCCUCCUCCUGCUGAUCUUCCUCCCUGCUAAGACUCGAAAUAUUUUAUACAUUACUUAUUUCAAUUAUAUUUUUUUAAAAGACCAGAGCUCUUUUCUAAUAAGUUGGGGAGGAUGCCACCUAGAAUGUCUGUGCCUAUCAUAAAGCUCUCGGAGUGUGCCAAGUUGCUUCAUUGCACAGUUUUUCUGUGAGAGCAUGGCUAUAUUAUUACUAGCGACAUUUGGUAUUGUAUUGUGCCAAUAAGAAUACCGAAUUUAAAAUUGUUGUAUUUUGUGUUGUAGUGACAACUGUUUUUUCAAUAAAAUUAUAUUUUUUUGAAUUUUA